GCUCCCAAGAACAUUAUCUUAUAUCUGCCUCUGAUGUUUGGGAGAAACGGAACUGGACAGACUGGAGAACAUGUUUGGACAUUCUGAACACAGAAAGUAUUUUAAAAAGAAUUUUAAUCUCUCUGUAAAUGAGAAAAUUCAAAGAGAUGGAGAGCAUCAGAGAAUUCACACUGGGGAAAUGUUUUACCCAGAAAUCAAGUCUUGCUGAAAACCAGAAAAGUCACACAGGGGAGAAGCCAUUUUCAUGUUCUGAAUGUGGAAAAUGUUUUAUUUGGAAAUUAAAUCUUGUGCAUCAUCAGAGAACUCACACACAAGAAAAGCCAUAUUCAUGCUCAGAAUGUGGGAAAUGUUUUACCCAGAAAUCAAGUCUUGUUCAACAUCAGAGAAUUCACACAGGGGAGAAGCCAUUUUCAUGCUCAGAAUGUGGGAAAUGUUUUAUUUGGAAAUUAAAUCUUGUGCAUCAUCAGAGAACUCACACACAAGAAAAGCCAUAUUCAUGCUCAGAAUGUGGGAAAUGUUUUACCCAGAAAUCAAGUCUUGUUCAACAUCAGAGAAUUCACACAGGGGAGAAGCCAUUUUCAUGCUCAGAAUGUGGGAAAUGUUUUAUUUGGAAAUUAAAUCUUGUGCAUCAUCAGAGAACUCACACACAAGAAAAGCCAUAUUCAUGCUCAGAAUGUGGGAAAUGUUUUACCCAGAAAUCAAGUCUUGUUCAACAUCAGAGAAUUCACACAGGGGAG